UCUCAAUCAUCUCACAUGACCAUGAGUGUACAUGUAGAUUUCAAUUUCAUUCUUAAGAUAUUUGAAGGAGACGACAAGAGUCCUAUUUAUAGUUUAAACUUUCUUUUUAUCUGUAGGUACACUGUGUAUGCAAAGACGAGAGUUGGGAAUUAUUUGAACAGGCGAGACCUCACUAAGAACAGAUUACAAUUCCCUGAUGGACAUUCUCUGGUGGAACAGACUGAAAUAAAUGGUGUGAUAAUUCUUCCUAUCCCCUACCUGAAGGAUAACUACGCAUACUUGAUCAUUGAUAAAAGAUCAAAUGUAGCUGUUGUGAUAGACCCUGGAGAUGCAGAAGCUGUGCAGAAGGUGAUUGAAGAACAGAAUGUACAGCUAACAGCUAUCCUGACAACACAUAAACACUGGGAUCAUUCAGGAGGCAACAGAAAGCUCAAAUCUUCCUAUUCAAACCUUUCUGUUUAUGGAGGUGAGAGAGAUGGUGUUCCUGGUGCUACUCAUAAAUUAAAAGAUGGUGAAUGUAUUCAAUUUGGAGAUUUAAAGUUCACUGCACUAUUUACACCAGGACAUACUGUAGGUCACAUGGUUUAUCUACUUGAUAGAUCAGAUAAGAAUAUACCUAGCUCUCUCUUCACUGGUGAUAUUCUUUUCUUAGGUGGAAAUGGUCGAAUGUUUGAAGGGGCUCCAUCUAUCAUGCUUAGUAGUCUUGAUAAAAUCUGCAGUCUUUCUGACAAUAUCCUGAUAUGGCCGGGUCAUGAAUAUGCAUUAGAUAAUCUCCAGUUUGCCCACAACUUUGAUGCAGAAAAUGAAGAUGUCACGAGAAAAUUACAUUGGGUGGAGGAGAGGAGAAAAGAAAGGAAAAUUACAAGCCCAUCAACCCUUGGUGAAGAGAAAACCUACAACCCAUUCUUGAGGACUUCAGAAGACAGUAUCCUACAGAAGGUUGAUCCUGGACACCAGACCACAUCUGACAGGCAAGCCUUGAGGGUUAAAGCUCUGGCUUUCCUUCGCAAGAGCAAAGAUUCUUUUAGCUACAAACUAUAAGGCUGCUUACAUUCCACAUCAGAAAGAAGAGGAAUAUAACUACACAUCCAAUAGAAGUAGGAAUAAUCAGGCUUGUCAGACAUAGCAAC